AAUCCAAACAAAAUGUAGAAGUAUAAAAGAGCAGCCAGGAUCCCCCAAAAAAAGGAAAAAAAAGGGAGCUCCCCAAUACAAAGAAGGUUCAUCUCGGCAGAUCUAGCUCAAACAAUAAGCUAAGCAUAGUUCCUAUUUCUGUUCUCUUUCUUCUUUUCCAAAGUUCCAUAUUCUCCGAAGCGCCUACGAAUCAACGCCCUUUAUUCUAGUUGUCUAUGAUUAUACAUCUCCUUUCUCUGGAGAUUGAAGAAGAUGGACAUGAGCAGUAUUAAUAGCAGUCUAUGCAAGCUUUCCCUUCUGCAGAGGAAGCAACCUGAUGAUUUCUCAUCCCUUGACCAGGUUACAAAUGCCCUGAGAGAUGCUGGUUUAGAAUCUCGUAAUCUCAUCCUUGGAAUUGACUUCACCAAAAGCAAUGCUUGGACAGGUGAGGUCUCGUUCAAUGGUGAGAGUCUACAUGCAAUUGGAGAUACAGAAAAUCCAUAUGAGAAGGCCAUCUCUGUAAUUGGAAAGACUUUGGCCCCCUUUGAUGAUGACAACUCAAUUCCAUGUUUCGGCUUUGGUGAUUCUACCACUCAUGAUCAAAAAGUGUUUAGUUUUCACAAUGAUCACUCUCCUUGCCAUGGUUUUGAGGAAGUCUUAGCUUGCUACAAAGACGUUGUUCCGAACCUAGGACUUUCUGGGCCGACUUCUUAUGGACCAGUAAUUGAUGCUGCAGUAGACAUUGUAGAAAACAGUGGUGGCCAAUUCCAUGUAUUGGUUAUUAUUGCAGAUGGCCAGGUGAAUUUCAAUCCCUCAGUUUCUCUUGUUUCCGUGCAUAUUUGCCUCUAUGUUAUAUUGGUACUGCAGUUUUCAAUUUUGUUCUCUUUUUGGCUAAUCAUGAAGAUCACAAGAAGUAACAAUCCAGGCCACGAAGAAUUGAGUUCACAAGAAGCGAGAACAAUAAAGUCAAUCGUUGAUGCAAGUUCGCAUGCACUGUCAAUUGUUCUUGUUGGUGUUGGUGACGGACCUUGGGAAGACAUGAAGAAAUUUCAUGAUAAGAUUCCUGUUCGUGACUUUGACAACUUUCAGUUUGUUAACUUCACAGAAAUCAUGUCCAACAAUAAAAGUCAAUCGAAGAAAGAAAUUGAGUUUGCUCUUGCUGCCCUAAUGGGGAUCCCCCUUCAGUACAAAGCAACCAUUGAACUAGGUUUACUUGGACAUCAAACUGGAAGGGCAAGAAAAAUGGUUCCAUGCCCUCCUCCAUUACUCUACGCUUCAAGACCCCAGGGACUAGACAGUGAACCCAGCGACAUCUCAUCAUCCACUGUAGAUGUUAGUGCUCAGGUAUGCCCAAUCUGUAUUACAAACGUUAGGGACUUGGCCUUAGGAUGUGGCCACUUGACUUGCAGGGAAUGUGGCCCAAAAGUAUCCAACUGCCCGAUAUGCCGCAAGAGGAUCACCAGCCAUCUGAGGCUGUUUCCUUGACGACUUUGUGUAGGUUGGUUGAAUUAGGCAUGCUAUGGUGUAUUUCGAUCCUUUUUCUUUGUCUUUGUCUUUUUUUUUUUUUUGUUUUUUUGUUUUUUUUUCAUUUCAUUUCUUUAAAAGAUUUUAAUUAUGACGCCUGCGACAUGCAUCCCUUUGUUUUUAUGAAUUUUAUUUUCCCCAGCGAUCUGUAAACUACUUGUAUUUGAAUAGAAAAAGACAAUUUCA